AGUGACGUAGAGACCGUAGAAGAAGAGAACCGGAAGUAAACAGCAGCAGCAGCAGGUGAGUCCGGAGACCAAAGUUCUCUUUAACUGGACACCUGGUAUCCAUGGUAACAGCUGUUCUCAUCUGAUCUCUCCCGGACCAGUGCUCUGAUAUCGUGGUGAUGUCACGGUGAUGUCAUGGUGAUGUCGGCAGUAAAGCAGCGGUACCGUGACAUCAGUCCGGUGACGCUGCAGGUGGUGGGCGGGGCUGUGAGCUCCAGCCUGUACUGCGGCGAAGUGGAGGGGGUGGCCGGCGGGCUGGUCGAGGCCUUCAUGGUCGAGUUCUUCCGCUGUAAACUCUGCCAGUUCACCUGCGGCCUCAAGGACGCUAUCAGCAGCCACCUGCAGCUCCGCCACCGCCCCCCCUCCCUCACGUACCUGGGGCCGGAGGGGCAAGGGGGCGGGGCCGUGGACAGGGAGGAGGCGGGGCUUCAGCUGAAGCAGAGCGACGAGGACGAGGACUUCCUGCUCUACGACAUGCUUGACAACAUGAGCCCGCCCACCUGUGACAUCAGCAGCGAGGUUGCACACACCUGUGAGGUCACCACUCUCUUUGAGUCCUCCAUGUUCCCUCUGAAGGGGGGUUCUGUGGACCUGGUCUGUCCCCCCUCCACCUCGGAGCAGAUGGCUCAGUCGGCCCACCUGAUGACGUUGGGUUUGUGUCGGAUCUCAGCAACGGGACCUGCGGCAGCGUCCGCCGGCCCACCACGCCUGAUCCCCGCCUCCCCCCGCCCGCCGCGGGAGAGGUCGUCCUCCUCGUGUCCCCUGUGUCCUCUGACACUGCCGUCCCGGCGGCUGCUGGAUGUCCAUGUGCGGUCCCACCGGGCCGGCGGCGGCUUCGGCUGCGUCUGCUGCAGCUGGACGGCGGGCAGCUGGGAGGAGCUGCAGCCACACUGGAGGAGACACCAGCGGGAGGAGAGGAAGAAGAGGAAGAAGAAGAAGAAAGCCGUCUGUCUGAGGAGCGUCGCCUCGCCAGAUCUUCACCACGGCGACGCCUCAGACGGAUGGAGCCGCCUGACUGGACGAGCAGGAGAGCAGGGGGCGGAGCUUACAGACAGGUGUCAGACAGGCGCAGUGCCGAGCAUCUCAGAGAAGAAGAAGACAAGCAGGAGGAAGAAAGAAGAAGAGAACAAGAGCGAGGAGGCGGCGGCGUUCUGCUGCUCUCUGUGCCACAGGAAGUUUUCCACCAAGCUGACUCUGAGGCGUCACCUGGGGACACACGGAGGUGAGAAACCGUUCAGCUGUCAGCACUGUGACUACAGCAGCAGACUGAAGGCCUCGCUGAGACAACACCUGAGGACACACACAGGUGAGAAGCCGUACAGGUGUGCUGAGUGUCCAUAUGCUUCGAUCGACCGAAGCUCUCUGCUCAGACACAGCAGGACACACAGUCAGGACAGACCGUACAGGUGUCCUCACUGUGACUACAGCAGUAUCCAGAAGAAGAGUUUGGACCUCCAUGCUCGCCGCCAUCACACCGGCGAGGCAUUUCCAUGCCAACAGUGUGAGUACUCAAGUCCAGACCGCCAAUUGCUGCGGCGACACGUCCGCAGACACCACGCCCCCUCCCAGCAUGCCACGCUCUGAUGUCCCAGCCCAGCGGACGAUAUGAUUGGACAGUUACUUGCUGCUGAUGUCACAGACUUUUAUUACUCUGUUUUUAUUGGCUGAGCUUUGAAUCAAAAUAAAAAA